GCCGCGAGGUGGCGCCGACACACACAAGAUGGCGGCAGAGGCGGCAGGAGCCGACGGGCGCCCCUGACAACCAGCCGCCAUGUUGGUGAGGGCGGCGGCCGGCCUGCUCGGGCUGCGGCGGCUGUGGGGGCGCGGUGGGAGCGCGGACGGGGCCUGGCGUUGUUUCCCGCUGGGCCGGGCGCUGCUGAGCGUGCGGGGCGCCGAGGCGGCCGUUUUCCUGCAGGGGCUGCUCACCAACGACGUCACGCGGUUGGUUGCGGCCGGGGAGGGCCCCGCAGGGCCGCCGCGCGCGCUGUACGCGCAUGCGCUCAACGUGCAGGGCCGCUGCCUGUACGACAUCAUCGUGUACAGGCUUCAUGAGAGUCAAGAAGAAGAGCCACACAUCCUGCUGGAGUGUGACAGCAGCGUGCUGGACGCCAUACAGAAACAUCUGAAGCUGUACAAGAUCCGGAGGAAAGUCAGCAUCAGCCCUCGCCUGGACCUCUCAUUGUGGGCUGUCGUCCCUGGGGAGCAGGCCGGGGACAUCAGCAGCUCCCUCGCACAAUAUGCAGAGCGGGCUCUGGUUUUAACUCCUGACCCCAGGGCAGAAGUCAUGGGCUGGAGACUGAUUAUAAAGGCGGGAGCAAAUCUACCAGAGAUUAUCCCUGGAAGUCGUAUUGAAAACAUUCAGGAUUACCACAGGCACAGGUAUAAACAAGGAAUUCCUGAAGGUGUGAAAGAUCUCCCUCCUGGAGUAGCCCUUCCACUGGAAUCCAACCUGGCCUACAUGAACGGCGUCAGCUUUACCAAAGGCUGUUACAUUGGGCAGGAGCUAACAGCCAGGACCCACCACAUGGGUGUCAUUCGCAAGCGUUUGGUGCCCGUGCAGUUUUCAGUUCCUCUUCCUCAGGAGAGCAUUCCUGAGGGUGCUGAAAUCUUGACUGAAACAGGAAAGGCAGCUGGCAAGUUCCGGGCUGGAGGAGAUGAACUUGGCAUAGCUUUGCUGAGGUUGGCUAAUAUAAAUGGACCACUCUGCCUAAAUGUAGCAGGUGAUAAAGUGAAGCUCACUGCAAGUAUACCUGAGUGGUGGCCAAAAACUGCCAGCAAAUAAAUGAGGAACCACCACUUGCACAUUUGCCUUAUUGAGAAUAUAUUUUGUGUGACAGGGUUUGAAAGGUGACUGCCUUCAGCUGUUGUUUGUGGUGUUGAUGAAGGUGUAUUAGCUGAAUUCUGCAAGAUGGGCUUAAACUGCAGGAGUGCCAACCAGCACCAAGUUGCUGUUACAUGUUGUGGAGAGACCUUUACAGGGCAGGGUACGCAGGAGACAGCCUCGCUUUUAUUUAGGGGAUGUCAGGUCCUGCUGGGUUUGACUCCUGCUGAGUUUCACCGCUGUAUGCACUGAAACCUUCUGUUCAUGGUAACCCAUCUGUGGUAUUGUGUUUUUUAUAGGAGAGCAUGCUGAAUUUACCUUCAAUAGGAUAUAUUGUUGCUAUCUGAACUCAGGCUGAAGUGUUCAUUGCAAAAUAUUUGUUGCAUUGAGCUUCUCAUUAAACUUGCUGAUUGGGUGGGUGUUGUUUCCCAGCGCUGUAACUGCUAAUUAUGUUCAGGAAGAGGAAUACCUUCUGCUUUCGGAUCUGCUUUUAAUAUGUCACCCACAAUGAGAUAUGUGGGAAGACUCACAAAUGUCCUCUUCCUGUGCCCUGCUUCAGAGCCAGCAGAGGGAGCGCAGCCAGCAGCAGCCUACAUCUGAGCUCCUCUGCCCUUGCUCACCUUGGCCAUGCAUGCUUCAUUCACUCAGACAACUGUUUCAGAGAGGAAAGUGAUAUUUUACAGAAAUGAAGUGCUUUAGGGCACUCCCAGCAGUGACUAUUGUAUUGGUGCACUGGUCCUUGGCUGAAUAAUCUGUUACUAUGUUUAUCCUACUGUGUUACUGAUCAGAUUACCAACAACAGUUGUUGUCUUGGCAUCUUAGUGAUUUGUGUGUGACUGCACAGUUACACAGGAGGAAAGAUUCCUGCUGCUGUUUUAGUUACACAGUUGCAAAUGAAGGUAAUACCCAGGUGAAGGUGUUGUGUCUAGAUGCACAAAGCAGUAGGACCGUAAAUGGACCCUAACGUGAAUUUUCUUGAAGACUUCAGCACGGCGGUAGUCUCUGGAGAUGUCAGUGCCACCUUGCUUAGCCUGGUGUUCAUGGCAGGAUUUUCACUGUAUUCAUUUCUCUGGCCACUCCUGUUCUGCUGAGAGCGAUCUGUACUUUCUCACACAAAACAAACUGUCCCCAGCUGAGGUUUUCUCACCCUCCCGUCCCCCUGUGGGUUUUCAGAACAACCCAAGACUUUGUUGUUGCUUUGCUGCUUUUUAUUUUCUCGCUCGUGCUGCUCUUCUGCCUUCCAACUUGUUCCUGCUUCUGCAAUCACUGCAUCCCUCUCUGCUCCCCAAAGCCAGGCAGGUUCUGUGCUUACAAACCCUCUCAACUUGUGGUAAUUUAUAGGAGGCCAAUUUAUUUUUAUAUUACAAUAAAUCCCUUGUGUCCAGUCUGGUAAUGGCAUGGGUGGUGAGAAGGGGGUGAUGAGAGAAAGUGAGCAGGUGACUGAAAAAGCUCUUGUAUGUGUAUUUGUAAUAAAAAACAUCCAAAGUGCAUUUUGUUACUGUGAAGAGGAAUUAUCUGUGGAAAAAUGCUUUUAUUGUUUAAAACUGCUUAUGCUUACUGUGAAACGAAUCUGUGAAAUAUCUCAUUAAAAGUUUAUUGGAUUGGUAAUUUAAA